AUGCGAAUCGGCGUCUUUUCCUUUCUCGCCCUCUUCUCACGCGCGGCUACCGUGGCAGAAAUAUCCGCCGCCAUGGCCGAGAAUAUGGCUCGUCCGGAUCCCUCUGCCCCCCUUGCUCCCACCCCGCUCCCGUCUCCCGGUCCAGCGCGUGACAGCGGGGAGAUCAUAAAGCAACUUAUGACUCUCUCGCGAGCCAACAUUGACAGCCUCAAACUCGUCAAGAAGGUGGAGUUUGAGGGGGAUCUAUGGGAACCCGAGGGUAUCGUCAGGCUUUCUCACCCUUCCAACGGGGAUGAAGAGAGAUUCUGGGUGUCGGCGGGUGAGUAUACCACGCCGACUGUGAAGUACCCCGGCGGCGAAUGGAGGGACGGAACGGAUCGGAGUGCCGGGGAGGGAUUCGCGCAUUUCGUGGUGUUUGACGGCGAGGGGAAGAGGUUGGGUGAUUGGGUUGUUUCCGAGGAGGGCGAUAUCGAAUAUCACAACGGCGGACUAGAUUACGACGGCCAGCAUAUAUGGGCUACGUUAUCGCAGUAUCGCCCGAAUACCACUGCCACCGUCGUCAGAAUCGACCCCGUGAAGUUGGAGAUGGAGAGGGUUCUGCGGGUUCGGGAUCACCAGGGCGGGAUCGUCCGCGACACGGAGAAGAACACCCUUACGACGCUGAGUUGGGGCGGUAGAAAGGCUAGGUUGUGGUCUCUUGAUGAGCGCGCCCUGUCAUCCAGGGACGAGCAGCAGCCGUUGACCUCCGCCUCGGAAGAGUUUAGCUCUCCUCGGAAGGAGGUUGUUAACCCGUCGUAUUGGAUCGAUUACCAGGACUGCAAGUUUCUGGGCUACUUUGAGGGACGGCCCGUGAUGCUGUGCUCUGGCAUCGCGACGCUUGCGCUCGGGGUGGACGUCGGCGGUCUGGCGAUCGUGGACGCCGAGACGAUGGUGCCUGUUUGGGAGGUGCCGUUUAUGGAGAGGACGGCGGAGGGGAAGAGGGUGUUGAUGACGAAGAAUCCGAUGGAUGUCGCGCUUGUUGGGGGGAAGUUGAGGUUGUUUUUCUUGCCGGAGGAGGGGACAAGUACGUUGUAUGUUUAUGAGUUGAGUGGGUAG